UUUCUUUCGAUCGGCCGCCAAUGGAGAACCUGCAAGGGCUGCGUUUGCUCCUCGGAUUAAUCGGUUUAGUCCUGAUCUUGGGAUCGGUGGAGAGUAGGCCGGGUGGAAUGGAGUUCCAGUCGCACUACUUGCAGGCCAUCACCGCCUACCGGAGGCUAGAGAGGAUCCUUCCCAAGGAGGAGCUGCGCGCUCUAACGGGCAUUGGAUUAUUGAAUGGAGCCCGCCAAGCGGAAGAGCAAAUGGAACAGAAUUUGGUGGAAGCCGUCAGGGAGCUGCUGUUCCAAAUGAAUCUCACGGAAAGCGGGCGUGUCAUGUCCAAAAUCGAUGCCAUCGAACAACAGUUGUCCAGGGAUCAGAGGGCCCUGGAAAUACUCAAUCGGGUGAUGGAUGUGGUGUCCCAGGCCAAGGACGAUCAUGAGUUUCGAGUGGAGUUAAGGGAAAUGGCUCAGCAGCAAAAGGAGGAGGAGCUGUACAAUCAGGAACUCUCUGCCGAUCUCACGGAUCAGCCGAAAUUGGGCGAGAGAUUGGGAAAACUGAGAAGGAAUAUCAUCAAGCAGGUGCCUCAAAUGAAAAACGAACUGGAUGCGAAGAUUGACAAGGCUCUGCAGCAUUUAUUGGAACAGGCUGGAGAGGAUGGAGUGCUGGCUAAGGCCAAGCAAAAGGUGAUCCACAAAAGGCAAAUCAAGAAUGGAACGAAGCAGAGGAAACAGGAGAAUCGGGAGACCCAGGAGGAGGCGGAGCAACGACAAAUUCCGGAGGAAAUGAGGAUUAUAAAGUCCAUACUUUCUGAGGAAGAUUUCCUGGAAAAUAUGUUGGAUCAGCCGCCACCGAGGCGAAUUAAAAUAGAACCCAAUCCUUCGGAACUCGAUGACCUGGAUGUAAACGUAAAGUCGCCAAACAUUACAGCCAAGGCCAAAGGUAAACCAAAAAUGAAUGCGGAGCCGGAGAAACAGGUGGAGGCGGAGGGCACAGGCUCCUCCUCGGAAUUGGCCACGGAUGAUAACGAUGACCUGGGCGAUGGGGAGGAACCCGGAGCUGGCGGAGACGGAGCAGGAGGUGGAGGAGGCGGUGGCGGUCUGGUUGGCAUCAUUGGCAGCCUCAGCGGUGGUGAAGGUGGUUCAGAUGUGGGUGCCUUAAUUGGUGCCCUAACUGGUGUGGUUUCCACUUUAUUUGGACCUGGAGGCCUAGAUGUGCAAGGUCUGAUUCAAACGGGAACCUCGCUGAUCUCUGGACUUCUGGGCGGGAACAAGAACUUUGGCCUCGUGUUGGGACAAUAUGUGGGCACUGCUUUGGAUGGUCUCUCUGGAGGUGGUGGAGCGAUUAACAAUGGCCAGUUUAUAGGCAACUUCUUGGGCACUGUGCUGGCCGCACUGAGCGCUGAUCCCGAGGAGGAGGGCCCGCCGCAACCAUUGACCUUCACCAAGAACCUGAUCACCAGCUUCCUGGAGGCAAAGUUUCGGCCAAUUUCAGAGGACGGCUCAGAGGAGCGACACGGAAGUGCGGAGUUGCCACGCCCGCGAAAGAAGAAAGAAGGCGGUGGAUGGGCAGCUGCGGCGGCAAAUAACUUUGAUUCUGGAGGAUUUGUGAAGCAGGUGGCCUCCCAUCUGGUGAGCAAUGCCCUUGGAUUGAUUUUGAAUGCCGGGCUGGGAGCCGCUGGAGGAGCUUCGAGUGCAGCCAAGAAUAUUUUCGCCAGCAGCAGCAUGGGGCAUCACGCCAAGCCGGCAGAUCACCAUAGAUCUUGGAACCUCUACGAUAAUGAGCCAUUCUAGCCAGCUUAGUCAUCACAUAAUCAUAGUUACGUUAAUCGUUUGUGUUAAACCCAUUUUUUUUUGCUAGUUCGUAACCGAAAUAAAUAAAGAAGU